AUGUUUUCGUCGUGCUGCCGCCAAGGAUACCGCCUCCUCCUCCUCCUGGCACUGCUGCUGCCAUCGCCGCCCCUGGCCCGUGCUCUGGCGCCCCUGGGCCCUGCCGCUACCUUGCUCCAGACCCUCGGAAUGCACGGUGCGCUUCGGGACAACCCCCCAUCCCGGCCUGUGCCCCCCGUCAUGUGGCGCUUGUUCCGCCGCCGAGACCCCCAGGAGAUCAGGGCAGGCCAGCGGCGGACGCCCCCGGGGACCACCCUGCGACCUUGCCACGUGGAGGAGCUGGGGGUCGCCGGAAACAUUGUGCGCCACGUUCGGGACCGCGGUGCUCCUUUGCGGCGCCUGGAGCCCGCCUCAGCCUCUGGUUCUUGCCCAGAAUGGACCAUCAUCUUCGAUCUGUCGGCUGUGGAGUCCGUGGAGCGUCCAAGCCGCGCACGCCUGGAGCUGCGCUUCGCGGACAUGGGAGCUGAGGGCCCAGCGGGUGGCUGGGAGCUGAGUGUGGCGCUUGCAGCUGGAUCGGGUUCCAAGACCGGGCGCUGGGGACCACUGCGCCUGGCCGUGCCCUCUCUGCGCGUGCCGGUGCGCGCCGAACUGCUGGGUGCCGCCUGGGCCCUCAACACCUCGGCGCCGAGCACCCUUCAUCUGGCGCUAGCGCUGCGCUCCCAGGCCCCGGGUGUCUGUGCGCGCCUGACCGAGGCCUCGCUGCUGCUGGUGACGGUGGAUCCGCGCCUCUGCCACCCUUUGGCUCGGUCGCGGCGCGAGGUGGCCCCAGCGGCGGGUGGCGGUCCAUGUCGGGCGCGGCGGCUUUACGUGAGCUUCCGCGAGGUGGGCUGGCAUCACUGGAUAAUCGCCCCGCGCGGUUUCAUGGCCAACUACUGUCAGGGACCGUGUGAGCUUCCUGCCGCCCUGGGUGCUGCGGGACCACCGGCGUUCAACCACGCGGCGCUACGUGCUCUUAUGUACUCGGUAGCACCGGAUGCCCAAGGUGGUCUGCCCUGCUGCGUGCCGGCUCGCCUCUCACCUAUCUCUGUCCUCUUCUUCGACAAUAGCGACAAUGUGGUGCUGCGGCACUACGAGGACAUGGUGGUGGACGAAUGCGGCUGCCGCUGA